CCUAUAUAGAAGCUCCGUUCAGAGCUCAUAUCUGGUGUUUUCAUCAUGAUCAAGUCGUUGAGUGUGUCGUCUGAAGGCUCCCUGCCUUCAGACUGUUCUGAUGAGCUGCUCGGAUCUCAGUCCCGCCGCUGGCUGGCCGACCUGAUGACCGGAGACAUGGAUCCGGAGAGCGGGGACGUGCAGCAGGUCGGCCGGGACGGACUGUUCGUGGACUACCACUUCCCUCUGGGGGAGCUGGAGAUGCAGGCAGGGGUCAAGUGGAAACGACCUAAGGAGAUAUGUUCGUCUCCUCAGUUCAUAGUGAACGGAGCUACGCGCCUGGACGUCCGCCAGGGAAAACUCAAUGACUGCUGGUUACUUUCUGCUAUCGCGUCUCUCUCCGUGCAUCGCUCCCUGCUCAAGAAGGUCAUGCCUCUAGGACAGAGCUUCCAAGACGGAUACAGCGGCUGCUUCUCCUUCAGGUUCUGGCAGUACGGUCAGUGGGAGGAGGUGAGGAUAGACGACUUGUUGCUGACUCAGGACAACAAACUGAUCUACCUCAACUCCCCAGAAAAACACGAGUUCUGGAGCUCCCUGCUGGAGAAGGCCUACGCCAAGCUGAAAGGUGGCUACAGAGCUCUGGACAUGGGCUUCCCUCAUGAGGCCAUGGUCGACAUGACGGGCGGCGUGGCUGAGGUUUUGAACAUCGCCUCGCUGCCCAGAAAGCUGCCGGCCUUCCUCAGACACCUGCUGGCUAAAGGAGCGCUCAUCAACUGUGCCAACUGUCAGGGUCCUCUGGAGCAAAGAGAUGAACUGGGCAUCAUGUUCAGACAUGCCUACUCUCUGACUGCAGUAGAGCAGGUGAAGACGGCGAACGGCGCCGUGGAUUUGGUACGAAUCCUCAACCCCUGGGGCAACACAGAGUGGGAGGGGCCCUGGAGUGACUUGCAAGGUCCAGAGUGGAGCACAGUGAGCGUCGAGGAGCAGAAAAGACUGGGCAGAGUCAGACGGGAGGACGGGGAGUUCUGGAUGUUGGUGUCAGACUUUCGACAGCACUUUGAGUUGAUGGAGGUUUGUCACCUGACUGAAGCUCUCAGCGAAGGAGUGGAUCCGUGGUGCUGCAUAAUGCAUCAUGGGAACUGGGUCCCGCGCAUCACAGCAGGAGGCUCUCCCCAAGGAGGUUUGUUCUGGCAGAACCCUCAGUUCUACUUCAGCCUGACGGAGGUGGACAGCGGCUCAGCCAACUCCAAGGAGAAAUGCUCCUUCAUCUUGGCUCUGAUGCAGAAACACCAGAGACGUCGGGGCAUUAACCUGGCUUUAGCCCUGCAUGUUUACUCGGCCCAUCCUAAGAACACUUACCUGUCGCCUGAGGACUUGAGUGCGCACCGCCCGGUCCUCCGCAGCCCUCAUUACUCCUCACGCCGGGAGGUUGUCCUUCGUGGCUCCCUUCUACCGGGUCACUACAUCAUCGUCCCUUCAACCGCAGAGUCCAAUCAGCAGGGAGCGUUCCUCCUGCGCGUGCUGACAGAGCAGGGCAACGCUGCCAUUCCAGCCCAAAAACCACCACAAGAGAUCUCUUCAGUAACAGAGCUUUCAUUUCCUCACCAGGCUGCUCUUCCUUCGCCUAAAUCUGUCAAACAACUGUUCAAGAAGCACUGCAACAAGAAAGGACUUUGCAAACCAGUGCACCUCCACAACCUGCUGACGGAGGUCAUACAAGGAGGAGUGUUGGCCGGCAGUGAGAAGUACUUGGAACUGGAGCACUGCAAGAGCCUGGUGGUCCUCAUGGAUCAGGACCAAGGCAACGCUCGGCUGAGCUGGCCAGAGUUCCAGAGUCUGUGGGAUAAGAUCAGGAGGUGGACGGAUAUCUUCCUGGUGUUUGACAAGAACAACACAAAGCUCCUGGAGUAUAAAGAGGUCACCCCCGCUCUGAAGGCAGCAGGCAUCCAGGUGGAUGAUUUGAUAAUACAGCUGGUUGGACUGAGAUACACGGAGCCGGACAUGACCAUCAGUUACCCCGGCUUCCUGUACCUGCUGAUGAAACUGGAGAGCAUGAUCCACAAAUUUCAUGCAUUCGACAUGGUGGGAAUGGGAAGUGUAACUGUGAGCUACAGACAGUGGCUCCAAAUGACCAUGUACAACUGACCCGGUCCACUCAGACGGAUUCUGAUUUUCAUGCAUGAUUUAAAUGUGUUUAAUCGUCAGAUGUUUGAAAGUAGAUGUGCUGUACAGUUCAAUGAUAUAGAAACAUGUAGCAAACUAAGACUUCAUAUGCCAUUCAUAUUUCCUCUUGUAUGUCGUCAUCAUAUAGUCAAACAGUAACAAUGGAAACACCUUUACCAACUCUCUUCAGUCAUGGAAAAACCCGGGGUCAAAGGUCAAAACAAGGAAAAGUGAAGCUUAUGAUUCACUGUGUUGGAGGACACUUCAGCAAAGGUCACCUCAAUGAUUUCAUGAAUGAAACUUUAACAUGUUGCCUCUCCCCCCGCCCCCCUCCGGUCUAAUAUGAAAAUUACCAGCGGUGUAAAAUAAUAAGUACAGAAAACGUGAUGUAGUGCCCUCUAGGGUUCCCUCUUAGUGUAGAAAACAUGAUGAAGUGCCGUCUAGGGUGCCCUUCCAGUAGAGAAAACAUGAUAAAGUGCCCUCUAGGGUUCCCUCUUAGUGUAGAAAACGUGAUGUAGUGCCCUCUAGGGUGCCCUUCCAGUAGAGAAAACAUGAUGAAGUGCCCUUGAGGGUGCCCUUCCAGUAGAGAAAACGUGAUGUAGUGCCCUCUAGGGUGCCCUUCCAGUAGAGAAAACGUGAUGUA